AUGAAAUCUCUCUCUCCGCACAUGCUCCCGGUGGGAGAGCCCAACCCACCCAACGAGAAGCAUUCUGUAAGCGUGUCCCUGCCGACAUGGGAGUCUGUCGCUGCUUGGGGCCGUCGAGAGCAAUGGCUGUUGGACUCAUUGCAUACUUGCUAUCCACGGUUUGGCAUGCAUCCAUCAGUACGCAAACUGAUGGAUGCCGUAUGUGCUCGACUGCGCGCCCCCAAGGAUUUGAGCUGUCUGAUCUUUCCCUCGGCCGAUGCCGCCGCCAGGUGUACAGCCCGACUAUCAGCUGAACACCCCAAGGAAGCGUGCCACACUAUCAAAUUUCAAUCACACCAGCCAGCAGACGAAGAAGCUCUACGAUGGGCCGCUUUCUUUGUCGUCCUGUUUCCACAGGCAUGUGACUCCACCGCCAUGCAUUUCUGGAAAGUGUUUGGGGAUGGAAUCGCGGGUCGUCAUGCAGAGCAUUGCCUCGCGGCGCUUCCCUCGAUGAAUUCUUACUCAAAGAAUACUAACUUUGAAACUUCAGCCACCUGCCGAGAUCAUUCCACCUGGGAUCUGCAAUGGGUCAACUCGGCUGCGGCCGAAAAGAAAUCUAUCCGGAGUUUGAUUGCACGUUUGGUCAGUUCCGACCAGCAGGGUUAUCGUCCCGUCAGCAGUCACGACGUCUUUCUCUACCCUAAAGGAAUGUGUGCCAUUGCAGCAGUAGCUAGGGCCUUGGUACCUCAAUCUGCAGAGCUCUCUGAGGCGGUAAUCUACGGAUGGCCAUACGCCGAAACUCCGCUCUGUGUCAAAGAAAGUGAUUACAAACGAUCUACUCUGCUCAGCGCUGGAAGUAAACAAGAACUAGAUGAGUUGGAAUCCUCCCUUGCGGCCGGUCGUCGCAUUCAGGUUCUGUUCUGCGAGGUUCCUUCCAAUCCACAACUGCGAACCCCUGACCUGCCGCGAAUUCGUGCCCUGGCUGCACAAUAUAAUUUCGUUGUAGCAGUCGACGACACGCUCGGUACUUUCGUCAACAUCGAUGUUUUACCCUAUGUCGAUGUGAUUAUGACCAGCUUAACGAAGAUCUUCAGCGGCAUGUGUAACGUGAUGGGGGGAAGCGUCGUUGUAAAUCCCCAAUCGUCCCACUAUACCACGAUUCACUCAGCUCUCACAGCGCUUUACGAGGAUACGUAUUUCCCUCUCGAAGCCAUGAUUAUGGCCCAGAAUGCCUCCGACUUUGAAGAGCGAGUCAAGCGAUGCAAUGCCAAUGCCCACACAAUCGCCAAUUUACUCGCGAAACAUUCUUCGGUGGCCCAAUUGUAUUAUCCUAGCUUAGUACCCUCACGGCAAUUCUACGAUCAGGUGCGGCGCAAGGAUGGUGGCUACGGGUAUUUGCUUAGCAUUGUUUUCCAUAAACCCGAGACUGCUAUGCGCUUUUAUGACCUGCUGGACAUUUGUAAAGGACCUAGCGUCGGGACCAACUUCUCUCUGGCGAUUCCAUACUGCCUGCUGGCGCACUUUCGGGAGCAGGACUGGGCCGAAUCCGAGGGUGGAAUAGACAGACAUAUGGUCAGAAUCAGCGUUGGGUUAGAGAGAGAAGAGGAUCUAAUUGCGAGGGUCCAGGAUGCGUUGACGGCAGCUACGGCAGAUUACUGA